AUGACCGACGUGAGUGCUAUCAUGCUGAGACGGCCAUUGGAGUGGGGCCGAGAAAAUAAGAGCUGUCGUCCAGUUGACUAUGUUCUGAGCGAAGCAUUUACUAGCGCCAAGUCCGGAUGCAAGGCGGCGUGGUUUCACCCACGUACUCGUGAAAGCUGUUCGCGCAAACUCAAAAAGUGA